AUGGCUAAAAAUGGUGACUGCACCAUGGCCUCACUGAUGGGCGCGAAGAAAACUCGGGGCGGUAUUUUGAGUAAAUCUUUCAAAGCAAAUGUGGGCAGUAUGCCGGCGCCGGCGAAAGGUGCCAAUCGAGUGCCAAAGUGUGCGCGUUGUCGCAAUCACGGUAUCAUCUCUGAGCUGCGUGGCCACAAGAAACUGUGCACCUAUAAAAGUUGUAAAUGUGCUAAGUGUGUGUUGAUUUUCGAACGACAGCGCAUCAUGGCGGCGCAGGUUGCCCUAAAGCGUCAACAGGCGGUGGAGAAUGCCAUUGCAUUGCGAUUGAUGGCCACCAAGACGGGCAAACAAAUCGAUACUUUGCCGGAAGGACAAAUUUUCGGUCUCUCCACGAGCGGCUUGGACGAUUGCGUGGAUGUGAGUGAGAUUGCAUUGGAAAGAGUGGAUUCGCAGCCGCAACGGUUGGAGCAGAGACAUCAAAUACAGCAGAUGGCAGAAGAUCUUAGUACGUCCAGUUGUGGCGUUGGCUUCAGUCAAGAUGCAACAGCCACUUCCAAAAUCUCACCAACAACUCCACCUUCGCCAGGCGUAGUCUCGCAGAGUGCUAUAGACAUGUUGGCCCAACUAUUUCCGCACCGAAAACGUUCCGUAUUGGAGUUGAUAUUGAAGCGUUGUGACUUGGAUCUAGUGCGCGCCAUUGAGAGUGUAACACCAACAAAGAGUAAUGCAUUGAAUUUAGAGUCACCCACAACAACAACAAAUGCAGCAACAGCGCUUAAUCAGGAGACAUCUGUGAUAACGUCUCCUGUAAUUCGAAGCGCCUUUAAGCCAGUCACUAAUGAGUUGUACUCGAACAAAUCUGGGCUCACUGUGGGCAGUAAUGCCACGCCAACCAUUUGCGCCUAUCCCAAAUGGUUUGUGCCGCUCUCGUUUCCUGUCACAAUGGGUCAUCUGUCGAAUUUGGCGCCGCGUUGCACCCUCCCCAACUGCACGUGCAUGGAGACGUAUCAAUUUAACUGAUGCCAUCCACUUGCGCCAGUUAUCAGUUAAUAAUACAUACAUAUGUACAAUCGUACACUCGUAUGUGUUUAUAUACACGUA